AUGGACAGCCAGCCGCUGCAUCGAGCACCAGACUACUCGGCCAAGCUGCCACCGCUGGCGAACCAUGACAACAGCAGGACGCUGCCCUCCCUCAGCUCCAUCGCCGUCCCCCAGCAUCGUCGACACGACAUGUCCCUCGAUCACUCCGCCAUGGCCCCCAGCAAUUGGACCCCCCAGGCCAACACCAUGACCUAUCGACAACCCCCUCCCCAACCCUCGCGCGCCGAGAGUCCUGUCAACGGCGAUUUUGACGGCAACAACAGCGUCACCAGCGACGCUUCCCCCGAUCAUCAAAAGGAAGGAACUCCAACCAGUGUCACCCUCGACGAUCCCGACGUGCGCCUGGCCGCCGAAGCCCUUGGCGACCUCAGAGCCGAUUUCGUCUCCUCCCCUCCUGAUGCCUCUGGUACCAUGAGCCCGCCCCCACAGAGCAUGCAGCUUUCCACGCCCUCUUCCUCGGCUGCCAGUUCCUCACGACCCCCUCGACCCGAGCCACUCCUCCAGCUUCUCACCACCGUCCACCCCUUCAUUGCCUCCACCGUAUCCAACUACCACAGCACCAAAAACUACUCCCCGCGCUUCAAGUCAGGCGCCGAAUACGUCGAAGGCUACCUCACCCCUCUCGCAAAAACGGUCAACCGAACUGCCAGAAGGACUGGUGUCGAAGGUGGUGUCCGCUGGUUCCUCGGCGGCCGUCGACAUGCUGCCCCCACCUCGGAACCCGAGUCGGCCAGUAAUUCCAAGAAGCGCCGCAAGGUUGGUGAACGCGGUGGUCAAGACGCAGAAGAUGGCAACGGCCAUGACGACACCUCCCCUCCCACUCCCAAGAGCGCUCGUCGCUCUUCCGUUAGCACCAUUGAUACCCUGCCCGCUUACGACGAGCUGCGCUCCCCUGCCUACAGUGAGACGGCUGGUCCUCCGGCCAAUGCUCAGAACCAGGCCGCCUGGCAGACGCGCCUGUUCAUGUCCACCUCUGGUCUUAGCGUCGCCAUGAGCUCCGAGAGCCUCAAGAGCCUCAAGUACUGUCUCAAAUGGCUACGAUGGACCAACGGCCGUAUGGACAACGCCAUUGGCUCCCUCAAAGAUGCUCUUGAGGAGUACGAGAGCGCCUGCAACACCCAGACCAGACUCGCAGAGAGCAAUGGCCAGGACAAGGACCACACCAUGGAGGGAACAGAGGGUGGUAGCGGUACCAAGACACCCGAGGAGGCGCGCACCGAAAUCGCCAACCGCAUCCAGGUUAUCAAGACGGAUAUCCUCAAGACACUGCAGGAAGUUGUCGUCACCGUCUCCAAGUAUGCCGGCGGUGCUCUCCCCGAGAAUGCGAGGAUUCUUGUCCGCCGCCACCUCACCAGUCUACCUCAGCGAUUCCGCCUCGCUACCAUGAACGAGAAUCCCAACGCCAACCCCGACCCCGCCAAGGACAACAGUCCCGCCCUCCGUGAUGGCGCGCAAAAGGUACUCGUCCUUGCCAAAGAAGGCCUGGACAUGGUGACACAGAUUACUGGCGUCCUUGACGGGACCAUUGUCAGCGCCGAAGAGUGGUGCGAGCGCAUGGGCAAGAAGCGCGAGUCCGAGGAAGACGGCAUGCUUCUUGAUGAGAAGGUUGCUCUGGCAGUGGCCUCCGAGUCUACCAGCGCCGACGUCAAGAUGGGUUGA